UAUACAACCUGGAUCUAAGCCUCCCAACGCAUGAAAACAACGUGAUGUGAGAUCCAGCGAUGGCUUCCAAAUUACACUUAAAAACCAACUAUGAAUCUGAUGCGAAGUUUGAAGCUUACUUCACUGGCCAGCGAGUUGAGGUGACAAAUGAUGGCUCAGCAGUUUUAUGUGAGUGCAGAGACAGUGUGGGCAUUGUGUCAUUGGAAACAGGUCAGGUGACAGGCCGAAUUACCUGUGAAGAAGAUGAAGUUGUCUGCCUCAGCCUUUCCCCAAACAAUAAAACUGUAGCAGUAGCUCUCAAGUCUACAUCAGUGCAACAGUACCAAUGGCCAAGUUUAGAGCUAGUUCGGAGCUUCAGAUCCUACCACCGUGGUCCUGUCACCACCAUGGCCUGGGAUGCUUCCUCAACCUUGCUUGUGACAGGAGCAGCAGAUUCAUCUGCAAGGAUUUGGGACCUAGAGCAGAAAUUUUGCACUCACAGCCUCAAAGGGGCUUCGGGAGUUUUUGGGGUUGUUUUGUUCCACCCUGAUCUUCUGAAACUACCACGAGUAUAUGGUUCCGCGGGCACCAACAUCCAUUUAUGGAACCUUGCUGCUGGCUCAUCAGAACUCCAUGCCACAUUAAAUGGGCACCAUGCAGCAGUUACAGAUCUUUCCCUAACACAUGAUCAAAAACACAUGCUCAGUGUGGGUCUGGAUAGAGUCAUCAUUCUGUGGGACUUAAUCACUAUGUCUUGCAAGAAGGUUGUGCCAGUAUUUGAGUCACUCUCAGGGUUAGUCUUGCAGCAUCCUGAGAGGACAGCAUUUCCUGGUGCUAAUACAGAUGAUGAUCAUAUCUAUGCUAUGGUUGUAGGUGAUAAAGGUGUGCCAGCAGUGUGGCAAGUGGACACAGGACGUGAGGUGUGGAAGGCCUCAACUCCUGUGGUGCCUCCUCCAGAGGAUCAGGAGGGAGGGGUCACUCUCAUCAAACAGCUUACUGAUGUGCCUGCACUUGACUCUGUCCUCAUGACGACUUUUGACCACUCUAUUACUCUUGCAAAGACCUCUUCACUCAAUAUCUGGAAACAGCUUGCAGGGUAUAAUGAACAGAUUCUUGAUGCAGUAUUUGUGGGGCCCAAAGACUCCUACUUGGCUGUGGCCACAAACAGUGCCCAGCUUCGGAUCUAUGACAGUGCUAACCUCAGCUGCCACCUUCUUCAGGGUCACACAGCACUGAUUCUUGCUGUGGCUCGGCACUCUACACACUGUAAUAUAUUUGCCACAAGUUCUCAAGACACAACUGCGCGUUUGUGGUACCUACGGGAUGAGGACGGAACAGCAGAAUGCAUUGGCAUAGCUGUUGGCCAUACAUCAGGUGUAGGGAGUAUAGCGUUAGCAUCAGGUUACAUGGUGACAGGAAGCAGAGACACCUGUCUUAAACGAUGGAAAAUAAAAUCAGUAGAAGACGCCCUCUCAAAGGGGGAGGACAUGAGCUUGACCUCCCUCGUGUGUAGCAACACAGAAAAGGCCCAUGACAAGGACAUCAACUAUGUUUGUGUGUCUGUCAAUGGCAAACUAAUAGCGUCAGCAUCUCAAGACAAGACAGCCAAAGUUUGGAGUGGUGACAACCUUUCGCUCUUGGGUGUUCUUCAUGGCCAUCGAAGAGGACUCUGGUGUUGCGAAUUUUCCCCUUCAGAUGAAAUUUUGGCCACAGCCUCAGCAGAUGCCACCAUUAAGCUUUGGACCUUGAGUGAUUUCAACAAUGUUGCUACAUUGGAGGGCCAUGGAGUGAGUGUGUUGAAGUUAGCUUGGAUCAGCAGUGGACAACAGUUACUCUCUACUGGAUCUGAUGGCCUCCUGAAGCUUUGGACUGCCAGGUCACGGCUGUGUGUGGCCACAUUUGAUGGCCAUGAUGACAGGACAUGGGCAUUAGCCGUCUCAGGUGUGGGACCAGAUGGUGGCACAGAUGGAGAUGCACAAGUGGUGUUCACUGGUGGAGAAGAUGCCAAACUUGUGCGUUGGAAAGACGUGACACAAGAAGAAAGGGACACUGCCCAGAAAGAAGCUGAAAGGCAAGCAUCAGGAGAGCAAACACUCGCAAACUUAAUAAAGGACAAGAAGUGGACACGUGCACUUGGGAUUGCCAUUAAACUUGGACGUCCCCUGCAUGCUUUGAAGGUGGUGAGAGCAAUUCUGGAUGAGAGCCCAGAUCAGUUGCCCAAGGUUGUGGUUACUCUAAGGAGAGAUCAAAGAGAUGCUCUGUUGGACUAUGCUGUGAAAUGGAAUAGCACAACCAAAAGCUGUCGUGAAGCUCAGAACAUUUUGAACAUUGUGCUGCAAAACCAGACACCAGAAGAGCUAGAGGAAAUGCAAAGUUGGCAGAGCAGCCUUGAAGGUCUCCUGCCCUACACGCAGCGCCAUCUGAAGAGGGUCUCUGCUCUCUACCAGUCUGCGGGUAUCCUGCGGUAUCUGGCGGCAUCCAUCUCACUAGGCUUUGUGGACACCAAACACACAGCAUUGCCUCCUCUUGAUGAUCUAGCAUUCCUGCAAAGCAUUGGUCAGUCAACAGAUACCAUAAAACCCGAGGAGAUUAAGGUUGAAGAUGAUGAGGAUGAAGAUGAAGAUGAGGAUGAGGAAGAAGAUGAAGAUGAAGAUGAAGAGGAAGAGGAUGAACAGAGCAGAGUGGGGUUAAAAUCUAAGGGGUUGACAAUAAGCAAAGCUGUUAAGGAGGAGGAGGAUGAGGAGGAAGAGGAAGAAGAAGAGGAGGUGGUGGAAGAAGAGGAAGAGGAGGAGGAGGAGGACGAAGAAGAAGAAGAAAAUGAAUGGGUUGGGGAGGAAAGACAAAAGCAGCCUCCAGUUUCCAUUGAUGAUUUGAAUUGA